AGAUAUAUAUAGUAUGAAUGGUUUGCUGGUUGUACAAAGUCUUCUUGCUGCUGGACUCGAUCCUCUGAAAAGAGAUAAAAAAGGGGACACUCCAAUGGCCAUUGCUGGUAGGAGUAAAACUAAGAAGGCAACCAAAUUUUUUUUUGAAGCAUUUGCUAAAACAAAAACAAUGUAUCCUGUUGAUUCUUACGUGAAUGUUCUCAUAGUAGGAAACAGUGGAGCCGGAAAGAGUACACUUAGUAAGGUCAUUGAAAAGACUGGUAGUCCUAUACCUAAUUUAACAAGAUACAUCGAUGAAAAUGAAAUUAAACCACUUACUGCAGGUAUUGUUCCCAUUAACCUUAAAAGGCACCAUCAGCUUCAAAAUAUUGUUCUCCAUGACUUUGCUGGCCAAUCGCAGUACUACCUAAGUCACACUGCUGUUAUUGAGAAUAUCCUACAAGGAUCUGCUGCUGUUUUUAUCAUUGUAGUAGAUGUAUCAAACAGUGAUUAUUUAAUACACCUUAAGCAAUGGCUUGCAGUUGUUAGGAACGAAAUACAAAAAGCAAAAGGUGAUUGCAAAGUAAUUGUAGUUGCAAGUCAUAUUGAUUGUUUAAAUUCUGAUGCAGAGAAAGAGACAACUAUAAAAAUAAAGAAGGAACUUCCUAGAAAUGAUGAUGUUAUUGUAUAUUUAGAUUGCCGUAGGCUUUCUGGUGUCGACUUAACUUCAUUUCUCAAAAAUUUACAGAGUGCCUGUAGCUAUAUUCGUGAUAGCAAUAAAAAAUCACUAACAUUGUAUUGCCACAUGAUGUACAAAUUACUUCAAGAAAGUGAAAAAGAUAUCUUAGCUUUAAAUGACAUAGCUGAGGAUGCAGUAGAAAAAGAUGAUCAAUUUUUUCUACCCACUCAUGAUGGUAAACAGAUCCUUGGUAUACUGUCUUCAUUGCAUUCAACUGGUUUAAUUUACUACCUCAAUUGUGAAGAUGACAAUGCAGAAGUAUGGAUGCAUGAUAAUACAUAUAUUCAAGUUGCUACAAAUUGCAGGAUAUGGGUCGUUAAAAAUAAGCAAGUAUUUUUGCAACAUGUAGAUGGUAUCCUUUUUUCACCAUUUGAAGAAAGCGAAAUUUCUGAUAAUGGCAUCAUUACUGUUUCCAAACUUGAAAACAAGUUUCCAGAAUACGAUCCUGUAAUGCUAAUUAGUUUUUUGGAAGACAUGGGACUAUGCCAUAUGGUGUCUCCGUUUUUCUUGAUACAAACCAAUCUUGUGGAAAAGGGUCAAAUUAAACUAAAAGACAUAUUAUGUCUAUUUUUCCCAUCAUCUGUGACCAUAAAAAGGCCAGUUAUACCUCAUGAGUUUGUAUUUGGAUGGUACCUAAAAUGUACAAAUGUUCAUGAUUUAUUUCCACAACGGUUCUUCAAUUCUCUAUUAUUGCACUUUUCUAUGAAAUAUGCAGUUGAAGAAGCUUCCAGAUCUGGACACAGAAAAUUCCAGUGCUCAUUUUGGAAGAAUGGCUUAAAAUGGUCUAAUAGGAAUGGCAUCACUACAUUGCUAGAGCUUGUUGAUGAAAAUCAAUGUGUUAUAGUUUUAAUGUCAUGUGGAAAAGGGGCAAAAAAAUCAAAGAUGGUUAUGCUGAGAAGACGGUUGAUCAAUGAUGUUUUGGCUAUUCGUGGAAAAUAUUGUCCUACUCUUGAUACAGAAGCAUUUGUCAUUGAUCCUGAUAAUUUGAAGUACCCUAUUGAUAAACCAAGAACAAGAGUAGUGUAUUGUGUCGAAAACUUUAUAAAAUUGGGGAAACAGGAUUUCAUCAACCCAACACCAGAAACAUCAGAAUCACAGGGAAAGCAAGUUUGUGAUGUGCUGCCCAAUGAACCAGAUUAUGCAAAUCUUUCAAUUUUUGGUGGGGAUGAACCAAAUGACAAGGCAGGAGAUGGAGGAAAUUUUCGUUAUCCAAGAACAGGACCUCUUAAUGUAAGAGGAGAAAAAAAGAGAGAACUGAAACCUAGAGAUUUGAAUUAUGUUACUGAAACAUUGAGACAAAAUCAUUUCCCUGAUCACGAGUGGAAAAGUCUUGGCCGUCAACUGGGACUUGAGGAUUCUAUACUUGAUGAUAUCGAUGAAGAAAAUGAAACUUUAAGAGAUCGCUUUGAAAAGUGUCUGCAUACCUGGCUGAAAAGAGAAGACAGUAGCAAGCAACAAGACAAAUCAUGGGCAUCACUUGCCAAAGCGAUGCAUAACAUUGGACAAGAGGAAGUGGCUAAAAAGAUCAGAAAUUAUUGAUCUGCUAUUAAUAUAAUGCUACAUUUCUUUUUUACAAUAAUUUUAUUACAUUUU